CCCUUUGGAUGUAUUCUGAAGAUCGAAAACACAGAGCUGAACAGUUGCCGCAGUAAUAGUAGUGUGACCGUCCGUGCAGCGCAUAGUCCGAAUAGAAAUCUACAAAUAUCCCUACGGAAUACACAUCAUCUGCAGUGCAUCCCCGCAAACAUGUUCGCAAGGGGCCUUGGGCACAAGAUGCUUAAGCGGGUCGCUGGACACCCGUGUAUUAUCAUCCCCCAAAUGGGCCAUGUCAGAAACGAAAUGAAGAAUGCGAACAUGUUCACGAAACGAGGCGUAUCCUUUUCGAGAAUACAUUUAACACACUACCUGGAAGAUUACUAUACGUCGGCGGAAAUUGCCACGAACAUGGUAUCGCCCAUGUCUGAGUACGUUUGGUGGAGUUGGCUUUUUCUGCAGGCCACCAUAGUCUUUGGCACCUUAUUCCAUUCCAACUAUUAUUUCACGGGUAAGGCUCUGCCCAAAGUGCAAGGAAACUCCCAAUUGUGUGAAGAUUCAUGGUGAAGUGUCUUCUUUCCAGGAAG